CUACACACUUUCAGAUACCAACUCUCACUCUUUCCACAAACAUUUGUUUAAAACUCCCCAAGUUUUGAGAAUAACAAUGGCAUCAAUGUUAAUGGCAGCCACUGCUAGCUCCAGCACUGUCCUUAGCCCAACCCCUUUUUUGGGUCAAACCAGGGGAUCAAGUGCUAACCCUCUUAGAGAUGUUGUCUCUUUGGGCACUGGCAAAAUCACCAUGGGGAAUGAAUUGUGGUAUGGGCCGGACAGAGUGAAAUACUUGGGACCCUUUUCAGCUCAGACUCCCUCAUACCUGACCGGAGAAUUUCCCGGUGACUACGGAUGGGACACUGCUGGUUUGUCUGCUGAUCCAGAGGCCUUUGCCAGGAACAGGGCUCUUGAGGUUAUUCAUGGCCGAUGGGCAAUGCUUGGAGCACUAGGAUGCAUCACACCUGAGGUCCUAGAAAAAUGGGUGAAAGUGGACUUCAAGGAACCAGUUUGGUUCAAAGCUGGAGCUCAGAUUUUCUCAGAAGGUGGUCUGGACUACUUGGGCAACCCUAAUCUUGUUCAUGCCCAAAGCAUUCUAGCAGUACUUGGCUUCCAAGUUGUUCUGAUGGGGCUUGUUGAGGGAUUCCGCAUAAACGGCCUACCCGGUGUCGGGGAGGGUAACAACCUCUACCCUGGUGGACAAUAUUUCGACCCUCUUGGCCUCGCCGAUGACCCAGUCACCUUUGCUGAACUCAAGGUCAAGGAAAUCAAGAAUGGCAGGUUAGCCAUGUUCUCCAUGUUUGGCUUCUUUGUCCAAGCCAUCGUCACCGGCAAAGGACCACUUGAGAACCUACUGGACCAUCUUGACAACCCUGUGGCCAACAAUGCAUGGGUCUAUGCCACCAAGUUUGUGCCUGGAUCAUAAAUUUAUGACAAGGCUUCAUCAAUCUUGUGUUGUGUGGGUGAGUGAGAAUUGGAAGCUUGUGUAAAUCAUGGAUAGUUUUCAUUCAAAAUGAUGUACUGUGAGAUUUGACUUAAAACUUUGAUUGAUCA